AUGUUCCACUUAAGAUCUUACCUUAUGAAUACCCUUCGUCUCGAAUCGAAUUCUGCAAUUCUUUUGGAAUUUCUUGGGAUUCUAUAUCAUCUUUGGAUCAUCACUAUAGCAAUAUUCACGACCUCCUUCAGCUCGUCGAUACGUAAUAGUAUGGCCGGAGGUGCAACACGGAAUGCGAGAAAAUCGAGGAAGCGGAAGAACUCUGAGGACAGCACAUCGGCUGCUCCGUCGAGGACUCUGAAGCAGUAUUCGGUGGACGAAAAACUGGAAAUAAUCGAAUUCGCGAAGGGUAAUGGAAAUCGCGCGGCUGGUCGGGAAUACAAUGUCGCAGAAAGUUCGAUUCGAGAAUGGCGAAAGAACGAGGAGAAGCUCAGGUUAGUGGCUGUCUUCUAG